UAACCCUCAAAACAUUUGACAUUUGAGUUUUGUGUCAAUUCAUCGCUACUACCAAAAAGUGUCAUCUAUUAUAUUCUUAUCUUUACGUAGAAACUGCUGUCAUUUGCGAUAAUAGGCAGCAUUGUCAAAGCUAUGGAAACUUCUGACUCUAAAGGAGGAACUGCAAUUCAAAAGCUUAUCGAUUCGCUAAUCAAAAAACGGGCAAACUUAAAGGACUGGAUACAAAAAGCAAGGGACUUCUAUAGGGUUCGGGAUUUGGAAAGUUUUGAAGAGCUCUUGGAAAAUGCAAUCACCCAUGGCUACAAGACUUAUGCGGGAUACAAGGAUGAUCUACUUAAAAUUUAUACGAUGCUUGCAGGCCACUUCGUACGUCUUAUCAGCAAGUCGCUGGGAGGGCCGCACUCAGAGUGGCAGGCGAAAUUGUCGAGCAUUGUAUUGGCAAUGGAUGAGUUGAAAAUAGGACCCACAGAUGCUCAAUUUCUGUUGUGCCGCGGAUUUGCUCUAAUGGUGACCAACACACGGUUAGCCGAAGCAGACCAAUGCUUUGCAACCGUUCUCCAACGAAUACCGCACAAUGUGGCGGCACUCCUAGGACGCAGCUGCUUGGCAUACCAGCGCCAGGAUUAUCGUUUGGCGUUGGGUCACAUAAAAAGCGUAUUCUACAACUUCCCACAAGGACCCGCUGAUGUGCGCGUUGCUAUGGGUCACUGCUUUCUGAAAAUAGGCAACUUUGACAGUGCUCGUCGUGCCUUUGAGGUGGCAGUGUCCAGCAAUGGACAUAGUUUGAAUGCUCUGCUUGGCAUUGCCCACUUGAAGCUUCGCAAGCGACAACAGGCGGCUACCAAGGAUGCCGUAAAUUUGCUAUGUGCCGCAUUUGAAAUGGACAGUCAACACCCUCUCGUGCUCACGUGGCUGGCCGCUCAUUUUUACUACUCCCACGACUAUGACAAGAUGAAAUCAGCGGCUGGAACUGCAUAUCGACUCACAGACAGUCCACAGCUGAAGGCACAAAACUGCUUUCAAAUUGCACGCGGCUUGCACGUGAAUCGGAACUAUGAAGACGCAUUUGCCUUUUAUAGAAAAGCAGUGACGCAUUCUCCCGCCGGCUAUGUGUUGCCCUAUCUGGGACUGGCACAAAUGUGCAUACGACUCAAUCGUCUUGAUGAGGCAGAAGUUGCAUUACGCACGCUCCUGAGAGCGCUACCUCAACAGACGCAGGCAUUGCGCAUGCUGGCUGCACUUUACGCUCAACGGGAGGAUCCAGCUGCCCAGGACAUGGCAAUACAGUUGUUCAAAAAGGCACAGCGAGAGGAUGACUACUGCAGCCACCUCAGCUUGGCAGACAUCUAUCAGCGCAAGCAACUUUGGCAAGACGCCAUCGAUUGCUACGACAAGGCAAUGAGCACUCAUCGAUGUCUGCACAGCACACACAAUUUACCCAUUAAUUGGCUGAACAAUGUUGCUGCUCUUCAGAUGCAUUUGAACCAACCGAAAGCUGCGCUGCGUACUUUGGACAAAGCUCUGGCAAUGCGAGAUGAUGCGUCCCAAGAGCAUUGGCAGAGCAGCAUGCUCACGCUGAGAUUUAACAGAGCACGUGUGCUGGAGGCGCUGCAUUUGGACGAACAGGCUGCCCAAAGCUACACUCAAUUGAUUUCCGAGUAUCCAAGUUAUUGCGACAGCUAUGUGCGAUUGGGCCACAUGGCCAACAAACGCAAUCUAAUCAACGCUUUCGAAAAUGAUGAAGUCCCCGACUUUGAUCUACCUGACGAAAUCUUGGAUAUGCUCACUCAGCAUUUGAAGAAUAGCAAAGGAUGCUAUAUGUCCAUUGCCGUGGCUAAUUUAUGUGUGAUCAAAGCGCAAAGGCUUAAGGCGAUGGGGGGAGGAUAUCACUGAAAAUGGAUAUUUGAAACAAGCGCUUUCGAUUUAUCAUACAGCUUUUCAAAAAA